AUGGCCGCGAUGAUCAAUUCAAGGAUACGAUGCAUGAAACCUUGGACUAUCUUAGGCAGCAUUCUGCAGCUUUUCAAUAACAUUCUAUUGAAAACCUAUUAUCUCGACAAUAACGGACAGUGGUUUCGAGAUGCUGUCAAGUCCAAAAAUACACGGAGAUGGAUCGAGCGUACUAUCGAUGAAGGAGAGGAUAUCUACGUCGUGAUCGGCUACCUCACUGCGUUGGAUGCUCGAAUUGUCGAACAAUCGCGACAGCUGAAUGAUUUGAAGGAAAAUCUACAGAUUCCGAUUACCAGUGUAUUGGCCGCAUCAGGAGUAAUUGUGCCAUUGGGUGACCUACCAGAUGCUAAACUGGCAGUCUCUGGUGAGAACGCGGAAGGCCAACAACAGCAGUUUGUGCCUAAAGGCAAGCUGUUGCGGUGCAAUACCGAACGAUACGCUUCAACUUUUUUUCAAGAAAGAUAUGAGAGACCUCGCUAUCCGCAAAGCGAGCCAGAAGACAUCUUGGAGGUUGGACUUGAUGGUAAUUUGUUACUUGAAGGCGACCGCGCAAAGUUGAUAGCGGAGUCAGGGGAUGUCAUCUUGUUGAGCAUAAGCACUGAUGUGAAUUAG